CUUUUAUUCAUCAAUUUCAUCGCUAGCUCUCUGUAAUCCCACUAACCCCCAGUUCUAGACUCAUCGUAUACUCCGCACGAAGCUCAGACAACAUAAAAGAAACACACAUGGAGAGAGGCACAAUGAGAUGACAGCAGAGAUCAGAGCACGUAGAGAAGAAAAGGAAAACAAACGGAGAAUACAAAAUGGCUUCCAAGGAAAACGCUGUUUCUUCAAAUAAUUUGUUAAUUGCAAGUAUGUUUCUUCUCUUUGGCCUCGAAUCAAAGCAUCAACAGGAAUUGCAAAACUUGACUGUUGUGACACAGCCCUUGAAAACAGUGAAGUUUUUCAUUUUGGUUGUACUACAGUACCUGAGGCAGUGGUUCACAUAUCUUUUGUCACAUGCUCGUGCUGUAUGGCUUACACUUUUGAGUGGAAUAGCUGUGUUUGCUGUAUGGGUUACACUUAUGCAGCAUUAUUUAACAGAAGUGUUUGAGUAUGCUCAAUAUGGAUUAUGGUGGGUGGCCCUUGGUGUUGCAUCAUCUAUUGGAUUUGGGUCAGGUUUGCACACAUUUGUUCUGUAUUUAGGUCCUCACAUUGCUUUGUUCACUAUAAAAGCAAUGAAGUGUGGGCGAGUUGACUUAAAAACUGCUCCAUAUGAUACAAUGCAGUUUAACAGAAGCCCUUCAUGGAUGGGCAAGAAUUGUUCAGAGUUUGGACCUCCAUUAUUUUCUCAUUCGGUUCCACUCACCACUAUAUUACAGCAGGUGCAAUUAGAAGCCAUUUUGAGGGGACUUGGGACAGCCCUAGGAGAGAUUCCUUCAUAUUUUGUUUCAAGAGCAGCAAGAAAUUCAAACAUUCAAGUUGAAGAUUUGGAAAUGUCCUCCACUGAAGAAGAUGUUGGAUUUCUAGUUACUCGUAUAAAUAAAAUCAAGCAAUGCUUUCUUUCACAUGCACAAAAUAUGAACCUGCUCACAAUCAUAAUCCUGGCUACAGUGCCUAAUCCGCUAUUUGACAUGGCUGGUGUAAUGUGUGGACAAUUUGGCAUUCCUUUCUGGAAGUUCUUUAUUGCUACUUUGGUUGGAAAGGGUAUCAUUAAAACUUAUAUGCAGGCAGCUUUUGUUAUAUUAGUGUGCAAUAAUCAGCUUCUGGAAUGGAUCGAAAAUGAGUUGAUGUGGGUUGGUAGCUCUGUGCCUGGAGUUGAUUCCAUCCUACCAAAACUCGUAGCCAAGCUUCAUUCCAUGAAGGACCGUUACAUGACAACCAAACUUCAUGCGUCUUCAAAUGUUAAGGUGAGCCAUUGGGAGUACUACUCCCUUGCUUCUGCAUGGAAUGCUGUUGUAUGCAUCAUGAUAUUCAACUUUUUGGCUAAAAUUUUGAAUGCAACUGCACAACGCCAUCUCAAGAAACAGCAAGAGAGGGAAUUGGCUGCUUUGAAGCUCAAGUUGCUUGGGUAAAUUUGAUUGAUAUAUACUAGCAUGUAUGACCAACUUUAGUGUUUGGUAAACAAUAUAAACAGCUUUUUAACUUGGCCUAUUGAUGCCAAUAAGUUAAUUAAAACUGACAAAGAUACUUUGAGUAACUUAUUGAUAUAUAUUAGCUUAUUACAUUUUUGUUUUAAAAGUCUAAUUUACAUUUAAUAUAUAGUUGUUGGUUAUUGUAGUUAGAAGUGAGCAUUUCAGUUCGGGUUAU